AUGCACUCAGCUCACCACCAUCACCACCUGCCCCUGGUCCUGCUGCUGACAUUCGGCCGCGUGGUGGCCGCCGACAGCCAGCUGAAGACGCUGCUUGUGACUAUCUUCGUGAUCGUGGAUGCUCUUGUGUUGUUCAUUUUGCUGUGGACCAUCUACGCCUUCUGCAGGCGAUUAAAAGCUAAGGAGACGGGGAAGGAGAACCCUCCUCCUCCUCCUCCUCCUACUGCUGUUGCUGUUGAAAUCAUCGAGAAGGGGGAAGGCAUGCGUUGCGAUGAGGAGGAGGACGCAGUGGUGCAAGAGCCGGGGAAGAUCACGUUUGCGACGGAUGGAGGUGGGUUCGGUAUCGACGAGCUUUUGAAAGCCUCGGCGGAGGGACUGGGCAAGGGGAGCUUCGGGAGUUGCUACAAGGCGAUGCUCGAUGGCGCUAGGAUGGUGGUGGUGAAGAGGCUGAGAGGCAUCGGCCCAGUUACCAAGGAAGAAUUCCUGAAGCAGAUGAGAUCACUCUCCGCCAUGGAGCACCCGAAUCUGUUGCCUUUGCUCGGCUACUACUACUCCAGCACCGAGAAGCUUGUGAUCUCGAACUACUCAUGCCAUGGCAACCUGUUCGAUCGCAUCCAUGGGAAUAUUGCUGAUCUCUCCACGAAGCCAUACGAAACAGGAGGACGAAGAAGAGCUGACAGAACUCCAUUCACAUGGAGCUCGAGGUUGCAAGUGGCACAAGGAGUGGCUCAGGCGAUGGAGUUCCUGCACCUGAACAUGAGAAGCAGUGUCCCCCAUGGCAACCUAAAGGCAACAAACGUUCUCCUCGACGAGAACGACAAGCCAUUGGUCUGCGACCACGGGCUCGCUCCUCUGAUCCCCGCUUCGCUCGCGGUCCACAGGAUGGUGUGCUACAAGUCGCCGGAGUACCAGCUCAACCGCAGCAUGUCGAGGAAGACCGACGUCUGGAGCUACGGUUGCCUCCUCCUGGAGCUCAUAACCGGGAGGGUGGCGGCGAACUCGAGGCCGGGCGGGGUGCGCAGCGUCGAGUUGUGCCACUGGGUGAACCGCGCGGUGCGGGAGGAGUGGACGGGGGAGGUGUUCGACGCGGAGAUGCUGGUGCAGAAGAGGGCGACGAGCGGGAUGAUCAUGUUGCUGAAGCUUGCGCUGUGGUGCUGCGAGCAGUCGCCCGAGAAGAGGCCUGAGAUGGCGGAGGUAGCUAGAGAGCUCGAACGGAUAACAGCGGGCGAGGCUGAUACAGAGGACGACUAG